AUGGAGUUCGAUCAUCAAAGUAGAAAUUUCAUACAGACAGAUGGAAACCUUAUCAAACUUAGAUAUCAAAUAUAUAGAAAUUAUGUCAUGUGUCAAACUAAGUGAAAGGAAGAGGACUUUGUCACUCUUGAGAAAUGUCAUAAAAACUGUGGAAGGUUCUUAGCAUAUGGUCAUAAAUACAGCCAAGCUCUGUACGAACAAUAUUCUACAAAGAUGAUCAAGGAAGCAGAAGACUGAAUGGCUUCUUCAGAGGACUCUUCUCCUCAGGAAUGAAUAAACAAGAUCACUUCUACUUAUGCAAAGGAUAAAUUGGAAGACUUCAAGUGUGAAUACACAUCAUAUCUAGAAAGACUUGCCAGCAGAUCUAGUAUUUAA